UCUGAUUCUUCUUACCCGUCUCUUCUCCUUCCCAUCGGUGUGCAUCCUCUGUGAUAUCAGAGCAUCCUUCCUCCAUGGCUACGAAUCUAAAGCUAUGAAUAUGGGUCUUCGAUUCAGGGAUAUUUAUCACUUUCUCUCUAUCAAGCAUUAGGACACGGAUUAAAGGCAGAGAAGAUCUUGAUUAUGUUCAUGCAUAAGCAUAUGUUCUUAUCGAGCCGUUGAUUUUAAUGAGGAGUGUGGAAGCGUUAAUAACACCCUCUCUUCUUGGACCAGUUGGAUUUUGCCUGAAAUUUGACACGAGUUUCUGAUCGUAAGCUUUUCAACCGGAGAUCGAACUUAAAGGAAGCGGGGACAUCGAGGACAGAAGAGAAGAGUUGCAGUAGGAAACCAAAUUCAUUCAUUAGCUAUGAACUCUUCCGGCUUGAUUUCUACGGUUCCUCCAACAACGAUUCCUUCUCUUUCUCAGACAAGUUCAAAUCGAGUUAUCUUGAAGAUUCCAGCAAAGAGAUGGGGUGGUGGUUUUGUCACUAUGUCUUUAAAUUCAAACUCAGAGAAGAGUUCGAGUUCUGAGGGUGGAAGCCUCAUGUCUAGGGCAUCGAUCAGCGUGUUGGAAGAUCAAUCCAUCGACAGUUUCAAGAUGCAACUUGGCAUCUCCGUUUCUCCUCUGCGUUUAAUCAAGCCAUUAGCGAAGAUUUCAGUUGCUUUUACAAGUUUUUGGCUUACAGCAGUUCCACACUUCUGGUUGCAACUAAUUCAGGGUCUUUCCUAUCUACAUAGAGACUACUCCAGGGAAUCAACCAGAGGCAGACAAGUUAAAACCGGAGUUUGGUUGAUUAUUGGCUCAUGUGUUGAUACAGAGGAAAGAGGAACAAAGAAAACAAUUAUUUACCUGAAAAAUGGACAGAUUCAAGUUUUCGACUGUGCUAGCCUCUAAAACGAAACCAACUUAUCUAUGAUAAUUGAUCUUUAACCUGCACACACAACAUAUAUAUAUCCUCACAGGUUCCACAAAUACCGUUUGUGAGAACUAUAAUGCAGCUUCGACUUAGUCCUUUGAGGUUUUUGUCGACGAAGAAUAAUGUAUAGAAUUAGUUGACAAAUUUUAAAUGUUUAUGCAUAGAGGAAAAUGUUUUAUUUCUGAUUUUUAAUUACGAAAAUGCAGAAAAGCAAGAAGAAUGAAAGAUCAUCAUUUUC